CCCACACCCAUAUAUAUAUAUAUAUAUCUACAUACAUCCCUCCAAUUUCAAGACCAUCAAACUUCGAUCAAGAUCUGUUUUACAAAAUUCCUCAUCGAAGAAAGAAAUGUAUGUGAUAAAGAGAGAUGGGCGUCAGGAGGCUGUUCACUUUGACAAGAUCACCGCUAGGCUUAAGAAGUUGAGCUAUGGGCUCAGUACCGAGCACUGUGAUCCAGUGCUUGUUUCCCAGAAGGUCUGUGCUGGAGUCUACAAGGGCGUCACCACCAGCCAGCUAGAUGAACUGGCCGCCGAGACCGCAGCUGCCUUGACUGCUAACCAUCCUGACUAUGCGUCUUUGGCAGCAAGGAUUGCCGUUUCUAAUCUCCACAAGAAUACAAAAAAAUCUUUUUCAGAGACGGUUAAAGACAUGUAUUACCACAUAAAUGAGAAGUCUGGACUGAAAGCCGCUCUCAUAGCAGAUGAUAUUUAUGAGAUAAUCAUGAAGAAUGCCUCUCGUCUGGAUAGUGAAAUCAUAUAUGACAGAGACUUUGAUUAUGAUUAUUUUGGUUUCAAGACCCUUGAGAGGUCAUACCUAUUGAAAGUUCAGGGGAAGGUUGUUGAGAGGCCACAACACAUGUUAAUGAGAGUUUCUGUUGGGAUUCACAAGGAUGAUAUUGAAUCUGCCAUCAAGACAUACCAUUUGAUGUCUCAAAGAUGGUUCACUCAUGCAUCUCCAACACUUUUUAAUGCUGGAACUCCAAGGCCUCAGUUGAGUAGCUGCUUCCUUGUCUGUAUGAAAGAUGAUAGCAUUGAGGGCAUAUAUGACACUCUCAAGGAGUGUGCUGUAAUUAGUAAGUCAGCUGGUGGAAUUGGUGUCUCUGUGCAUAAUAUUCGUGCUACUGGGAGUUACAUUCGUGGAACAAAUGGAACAUCAAAUGGAAUUGUUCCAAUGCUACGUGUGUUCAAUGAUACUGCCAGAUAUGUUGACCAAGGAGGUGGCAAAAGGAAAGGUGCGUUUGCUGUGUAUCUUGAGCCAUGGCAUGCAGAUAUAUUUGAGUUCUUGGAUUUAAGAAAAAAUCAUGGGAAGGAAGAAAAUCGUGCAAGGGAUCUUUUUUAUGCUCUCUGGGUUCCUGAUCUUUUCAUGGAGAGAGUACAGAGUAAUGGGGAAUGGUCUUUAUUUUGUCCAAAUGAAGCCCCAGGACUUGCUGAUUGCUGGGGUGAAGAAUUUUGCAAACUCUACACUGAAUAUGAGGGAAAGGGCAAGGCAAAGAAAGUUGUACAAGCCCAAAGUCUCUGGUUUGAAAUCUUAAAGUCGCAGAUAGAAACUGGUACCCCCUACAUGCUAUUUAAGGACUCUUGCAAUAGUAAAAGCAACCAGCAGAAUUUAGGUACCAUCAAGUCUUCUAACUUGUGUACUGAGAUUAUUGAGUACACAAGCCCAACUGAAACUGCUGUCUGCAAUUUGGCUUCAAUUGCUUUGCCGCGAUUUGUCAGAGAAAAGGGAAUUCCAACUGAAUCACAACCAUCUAAGCUUGCUGGUAGUAGAGGCUCUGCAAAUCGAUACUUUGAUUUUGAUAAACUGGCUGAGGUCACUGCCUUAGUUACUUCAAACCUGAACAAAAUCAUUGAUGUCAACUUUUAUCCUGUUGAAACUGCAAAAAAUUCUAAUCUGCGUCACAGACCCAUUGGAAUUGGGGUUCAAGGUCUUGCUGACACGUUCAUAUUACUUGGAAUGGCUUUCGAUUCACUGGAGGCUCAGCAACUAAACAAAGAAGUAUUUGAAACAAUAUACUACCAUGCCCUGAAAGCUUCUUCUAGUUUGGCUCAAAAGGAAGGCCCUUAUGAAACCUAUGAUGGCAGUCCUGUCAGCAAGGGUAUCCUCCAGCCAGAUAUGUGGGGAGUGAUCCCUUCAAGUAGAUGGGAUUGGGAUGAUCUUCGAGCACAGAUACAAAAGAGUGGAGUGAGAAACUCCCUUCUUGUAGCACCAAUGCCCACUGCUUCAACCAGCCAAAUUCUUGGAAACAAUGAAUGCUUUGAGCCAUACACUUCCAACAUCUACAGCCGCAGAGUUCUAAGUGGGGAAUUUGUUGUAGUGAACAAACAUCUGCUUCAUGACUUAACUGAGAUGGGCCUCUGGUCACCUGCACUUAAGAACCAAAUCAUACACGAGGAUGGAUCUGUACAAAAAAUCACUGAAAUUCCUAAUGCGCUCAAAUCAAUCUACAAGACUGUCUGGGAGAUCAAACAACGGACGUUGGUUGAUAUGGCUGCUGACCGUGGAUGCUAUAUAGACCAGAGCCAAAGCCUUAACAUUCAUAUGGACCAACCUAACUUUGGAAAGCUGACUUCCUUUCAUUUUUAUGCUUGGAAAAAGGGUCUGAAAACUGGAAUGUACUAUCUGAGAUCAAGAGCAGCGGCUGAUGCUAUCAAGUUCACUGUGGAUACUUCCAUGCUCAAAGAGAAGGCAAAAACGAAUGCUGAUGAUGAAACUAAAAUGACCCAAAUGGUCUGCUCUUUAACAAACCGAGAAGAAUGUAUGGCUUGUGGGAGUUGAACCAAUAUGGGAUACUGGAUAGUUGCACUUCUCUGCCUUCAGUUUUCUGCAGCAGCACUCCGAGGAUUUGUGAUUUCUGCUUGAACUAGAUGCCCAGAAUAUGAUGAUAUUUUAAUGCUUAUAAGUCCAUAGUAGUACCGGAGUAUAUGUUAAUAUAUUAAGGUUAAUCGUUGUCUAUGUAUAAAGUAGAAGUUAGUAUUUAUCUUUGCAAGUUUAUUGUACGAUGAAGUUAAUGUGAUUUACUUUGGUUUAAAUGUUGAUCAAGUAGAGUAGAUUCUUAUUCAAAGAUCUUUAUACACGAGUAGCUAUUAUAUUCCGUUGCUGUGUCUCAU